ACAUUUCAUUUAGUUUAUUACGGACUGUCCAGUUAAUAUUUUCAACAAUUCGUAUUUGGUAAUGUUUCAAAAAUUGAAUGUAAAAAAAAAUAUUGAUUCACUAUGAUUUAUAAAAGCAAUAAGUUAUUGCAUGUAUUAAUCUUGAUUUGGACACACAUUUUGAACGUUUCUGAAAGCACAGUUUCAUUUUAUAAUCAUAAAAAUGUAAUUCAGUUUCCUAAGGAUUUUAAGCUUGGAUGCGGAUCUGGUGCCUAUCAAAUUGAAGGUGCAUGGAAUCAAGACAACAAGAGUCGUAGUAUCUGGGACCAUUAUUUCCAUACUGAAAAAAUCUUAGUUCACAAUCCAGAAGUUAUUCACUCGACUUUCAAGAAGAAACAUACCAGUUUUCACAGAGGUACGGAUAUUCAUGAUGAAGAUCCGACUCGUAGUUUCUCAUAUGUCAAUGGAGAUGUUGCCUGUGAUUCGUAUAAUAAACUCGACGUAGAUGUUAAUAACUUGAUCGAACUUGGAGUUAAUACCUACCGGUUUUCCAUAAGUUGGCCAAGAGUUUUGCCGAACGGUGAUGAUCGAUUCGUAAAUGAACCUGGAGUUAAUUAUUACAAAUCGUUAAUUCAAAAACUGUUGAAUAAAAAUAUUACACCAGUGGUAAUAAUGUACCACUGGGAUCUACCAAACAUUCUUCAGAACCUUGGUGGAUGGUCGAACCCAAACAUUGUUGGGUAUUUCGAAAAUUACGCAAAUUUUCUUUUCAAAACAUUUGGCUCACAAGUCAAACUGUGGAUUACAAUCAAUGAACCCAGAUUCGUAGCUAUUGCUUAUGGUACUGAGACCUUUGCACCUAAUAUCGGUGAAGUAUUCAACGGUAUCGCCGACUACAUGGCCAUUCGUAAUGCGUUGCUUUCCCACGCAGCAGCUUACAAGUUGUACAAGAAAAAGUACUUUGCAGAACAGCAGGGUGAGAUCAGUUUGUGCUUUGACACAGCGGCGUAUUUUCCAGUUAAUCCGGAUUCAGCUGAGGACAAAGAAUGUGUUUCAAAAGUAUUCGAUUUUUCGCUUGGAGUAUUCACUCAACCAUUGAAAAACGGCACAUUUCCACAAUCGUUGCUAGAUCAGGUCGCUAGAACGGACAAACACGAAAACAUAUCUUUAAAGCGUAUCGUUGAAUUUACCGAGAGCGAAAAACAAGAUCUCAUACGAUCAUAUGAUUUCAUUGCUUUCAAUUAUUAUAAUUCAAACAAGGUAAGACCAAUGACCGAAGCUGAAUUCAAGGCUGAGAAAUAUUUACUAAAUAAAGAUUUGGGAGUAAAAUUGUCCUCGAAUGCAGACAACAUGGAUGAUACCUUCAAAGGAUUUACUCAGGUGGUUGAAUGGUUUGUGAAAAACUUAGAUAAUCCGAAAUUGUUUGUUACUGAAAAUGGCAUUUAUGAGAAACCAAAUGUGGACGAAAGUGAAAAAAAAAUCAAAUAUCAUCGUGGUAUUUUGACGGAAAUUCACAAAGCCUUAAAUAAAGGUGUUGUUAUUAAAGGGUAUUGCGUCUGGUCGUUUAUGGAUUCGUUGGAAUGGACAAGUGGAUAUUUUAAAAAAUUGUUUGGUAUAUAUAGCGUGGACUUCAACGACCCAGAAAGACCCCGUACCAAAAAGCCAUCUUUUGAGUUCUUCCGAAAAGUUUUCACAACAAGAACCUUGCCACCUGUCUAAUGCGAUUAAUAUGAUUGUGGAGAAAUGGUCUAUUUUAAAGGGGUGCACUUAAAAAUAUUUACAUUUAGAUUUAUUUGAAUUAGAAUUAUUUCUGUGGUCGAACGUAUAAUAAUAUAAUAAUAUAUAGACUAGAAAUAAAUACGUUUAAUCUAUGAUUAAUGCGAUUAUAAUACAACAUUGCUGCAGGCUAAAAUCGAUAAACUUAAGUAAUAUACUAAUAUUAUACUUUGACAUUUUCCAUUGUAACUAAAAAAUACACAUUUUUAUAGCUUUUAUCUUUCUAGAGCUCUGUUAAAACAAAUAUUAUUAUUAUACAAAUUUAACAUAAUAUUAUAUUUUAUUUAUACUUGGUAAAAAUUUUACUUAAUUUGUUAAAUCAAUAAAGUCUUAUUUUAUGGAUAAUA